CACUGUUUCUUGCUGUCAAAUGUUUCAAUCUGUCAUUGCAUGAAUAUAUUCAAAAAUUUUUAAAAUAAUAUAAUUAAUUUAAUAACCUAUGUAUUAACAGCAAUGUGAAAAAAAUUUAUCACCCAUUCCGAAAAUACCAUCUAUUAACUUAAAUUCAGGGUCAUUGUGAAAAAUAUUGUAAAGCACAAAAAAUAUGUUAACUUCUGUAAAAGAAUUCAGCAGGGCCUGGUGGUCAGAAGUUUACAAUCGUAUUAUUGGUGCUGCUGUCUACCUUGAUGACGCUAGUGCAGAGUGUUUACACUGGGAUGGUGGGUUAUUUAAUCUUCUUACGGGAGGAGCAAUUACCAUUAAAAGUUUGUCGCCAUUUGAGUUUUCAAAUAAAGAACAUAAGAAAGCUGUUUUCAUCACUCAAACAACAGCAACACAACUACGGACAAUAUCUGAAAUUAUCCAUAACAGUGAGUUUACACACUGCAUUCUGAUAUCCUGUGUUAGUCUGGACACAGUUUAUUUGGAGUUAAACGAAGGGAAAGAUUUAGGAGAUGUUAUAGCUGCAGGAAAGGGCCCUGCAGAGGCCACUAAACUUUUGGAAGCAUUAUUACUUGAUGCCAUUGGGAAAUCGCAAUGUAUUGUGGAGGUAGUUCAUAUACCCAUUUUCACCAUAUCAUUAACAAAUGUUGUGUUUUUAACACCACCUUAUCAGAAAGUAUUCCCAAUGUAUGAUGACAAGUUGAUACCUGACACUACUUCCCUAGAUCUAUACACAUUGACCAGUGAUCAAAGGUCUCAAGUGAGGAGAUUGGCGAGUGGACUUAAUGCUAUGCUUGACUCAAUGAAUCUGAAAGAAGAUAUCUUCUAUAUGGGAACAUACAGCUCCUUAGUAGCUGGAGUGCUGGAAAAUUCACCAGUGUGCUUGGCAAGGAGGAAGAACUGCUCUAAUCCUGCUUCCCUUAUAAUAGUAGACCGCACAUUAGACCUAUGUGGUGUAACUAGCCACUCCAUGGAGUCUGUCCUCGAUACUGUGAUGGCUGUGUUGCCAAGAUUCCCUGGCCACUCUAAUGAGGUAGCUGUAGAUAUGUCAUCACUUUGUGAGGCUAAUAGUAUCAAUCACCCUGAAGAUUUGCAAAUCAGUCCAGGCUGUCUAUACCAUGCAAACGAUGAGGCGUGCAUACAAACAUUUGAUCACAUGAUUAAUAAAACCCAGAAAGAAAUAAUGUUUGAUUUAUACAACAAAUUGUCUAAGAUCGACGUUCAAAAGUCACCGAGCCCUAAAACAUUACUAAAAGUAACACCUCAAAGUGUGGAGAAGAUUGUAGCUGCUACUAAAGGUAACUAUGACAUAAUUGAAAACAAUCUGGGCGUACUCCAACAAGCAGUUGCCGUGGUGCAAACUUUGAAGUCACCAAAGCGCGUACAGAUUGAGCUACUGAUGGGUCUCGAAAGGCAGGUGCUGCAGAACCUUGCUGCCAGCCGAGACUCCACAAGUGUUUUGCAUCAGAUGAGCCAUCUCAUAAAAAAUCGGAAAGAACGAAAUCUUUCACUAGAUAGCUUACUCGCACUGAUUGUUUAUAUCUAUUCCCUUACGGGGACAGAGGUGUCGUUUUCAAAACAGCAUGAGGAUAGCUUGACUGAGACUCUCAGUGUUGCCAUAUUCGAAGAUCACAAACAUUUAUUCACUAGUGAAGAGGGUGGGCGUAUGGUAACGCCAGAAGAGUGCGAUGAUAUAUCAAAGAAAAUCAUGGGACGAUUGAAAGAUAUUGCGCAAAUGAGAAAAAUACUCCAAAAGUACAACUCUGUACUGAAGCCGUGUGAAACUGGCGUUGGACACGAGUACCGUGGGGUUCUGCAACAGUUGGUGGAUGACUUGGUGGAUACUGAGCGUCCAGAACUGACAGACUUGAGGCAUAGGAAUGAAGGGAUCAAAGACUUACUUCGGAGCGGACUCAACAUUUUAACAAGUAAGAAAGCUCGCAGCGCCAAACAUCCAUUGGAUAAUCAGACGGUGAUCUUGUUCGUGAUUGGCGGCAUCACCGCAGAGGAGUGCAAGCGGCUGCACCGUAGCAUCAUCACUAGCGGGGUCGACAACACGGUGCUUAUCGGCUCCACCAAGCUGGUCACACCCGUUGAAGCCAUGAGGGAUGUGCUGCAGUUAUAGCGGUGUCGGGUUCGUUAAAUCUACUUCAAUCAACAUAAUUGAAUCUACUUACCGUUUGGCUAUGACGUAUGUGCCUAACAGCGUUGCCAGAUACGGUUUCAAAAAUACCCAAAUGGAUUUUUUUUUCUCCAAAUUGAUACGAUUUACUUCACUUUUACUCAAUCACAAACUUAUGUUGGUUAUCACUAUUUUUUUACCAUUUAACCACUACGCAAAUGACGAAAAAUAUACGCUUCAGCGUAGCGUCACAUUUUGAUAUAUUUUAUGCCUUCGCCUAAAAUCGGGGUAAAAAUACCCAAUCUGGCAACACUGCUGUAGAUGAAUCCCUUAUUUAUACAAAUUAAAACCUACGUGCCUAUUGUAAUGAACUAUUUAGGCUUGAUGGAAAAAGUUUCGAGAGUUGAUGAAAAGAGGAUUUUGAUGGUAUUUUUGCGAGGCUUAUAUGCGAGAGUAGGUUUAUUUGUUGAUAACGUUAAUAAGUACUUUUGUAACAUAAGCAAGAUACCUACGGCAUCUCUCUCUACUUAUAUUUCAUGUUUUGCACUAUAUCAAUAAGUAGUUAUUAGUUUUUAAAUAAAUAAAUAAAUAUAUUAUUAUGUAGAGUAAAUCGCUGAGCAUUCCAAUUAUUAGAUAAUUGUCGAAAUAGCAAUAUAACUUUCGCAUAGCGUGUAGGAUAUAAAAUUGUAUUUCUUUAAAUUGAUUUUAAUGAAAGUUAUAUUCGAUACAAUAAAUGUUACCAUUACCUUUAUUGGUAUAAUCAUAUUUCUAUAUAACAACUAUUAGUAUUGUAAACACUUGUAUUAGGAUCUUUUUUGUUUGAAAUUAACCAUUUUUGUAUCUUGUCACAUUAACCAUGUUUAGUAUUGUUAAUAAUACUACUGUGAUAAAGUAUGGAAAUGUUUAAAUAUUUUUUUUUUACUUUUAUUUUUAUGUAGAAGCCCAAGGCACAAAAAACAAUCAAAUACAAUUAAAAUUGUUCUGACAUAUAUUUACAUGAUUUUUAAUUAUUGAAAUAAUUAUAUAUCUACAUUAAUUAUAAAUUAUAAUUAAUGUAGAUAUUUUUCAAUUUUGAAUUAAUUUUACCAUAAAAAUAUAGUGUGGUAUUUUAUAAAUCUGUGAUUAUCAUUAGUUAUUAAGUGUAUAAUGAAUUUGUGAUACGAUAUACUGAUGCUUUUAACUGCUUAAUGAUUUAAAGUGCUAUAGCUGUAUGCAAUGCAAUUACAAUGCAGAUAAGUUACGUGUUGUGUAUAUAUGUAUUUUUAAUUCAUGUUAUUUAUUCAUUAAAUAUAAUAAUAAGAUUGUGGUCGAUUCUGAGGCGCCAUUGCUCUAAAUUAUUGUUUUUCAACUAUUUUUAUGUCGCGACCCACGAAACACUAAAAGUAAAAAGUCUUGUGACUUCGUCACUAUAAUAUUAUAAGAAUAUUUUAACUAGUAGUUUAUUUAUUAGAUUAAGAAUGAGUUUACUAACUAGUUACCAAAAAAAAAGUCUACAUUCAUUUUCAAUAUAUAUACUAUUAAUUAAUGACUAAAAAUUUACUUUACUACGUAAUUUUCUUAUAAAUAUUGAAAAUUGUUAAUUUUUACUAAAUAUUAUAAAAUACAUUGACAACACUCUUAGACUAUUAAAAAAAAAGGAUGAUCCAGCAAUCGGGUCGACUCGGCUAUGUUCGUGCCAAUUCGUACGUGUACAACUAUUAUUGAAUGAUUUUAGCGUAAGCAUUACAGUGAAUAAAAUUAGUAGUCGUAUGAAAAUCAUUCGAAUAAUCCGAAUAAAUUGCUCAGUCGAAUUAGUAUUCUAAUUAGUAAAGUUGUGCAUCGUUAUGUUAAACGAAUCUUUUGAGGUCUUAUUAUUUUUCAAUAGACUGCAUCCCUUUUUAAUAACAAACGCGAACUCCUUAAGGGUCGCGACCCCCCGGUUGAGAAACUAUGCUCAAACCUAUCUCUCAAUAUUUUAAUUUGACAGUUUCCCAAAAUUACUGUUUUGUGGAACGUCAUGCACUAAAUUUAUAAUAAUUUUUACUUAAAUUUAUUAAAAAUUUUGUUCAUAUUGUUCUUUAGUAUAAAGCACAGAUAAUAUGGUAUAAAGAUAUUGCUGUGGUUUAAAAUUAAAUAUUUAAUUUUAGUGAUAGGUUUAGGGAUGUGACGCCUCAGAAUUGACCUUCAUAGUUUCCAAUGUAUAUGGAAUUUAAGUAGACGUCAUAAUUAUAUCGACGAGAAUGUGUAUAUUCGUGCAAUAAAAUUCACGCUAAAAAAA